AGGAGUCAGAACCCUUGUCGCCUACAGCAUCUUCGGGGCAUGGGGAUUCCGUGUGAGGCACCGAGGUCUCUCCCUGUGCGCAGCCGGGGCCAGAGGCAGAGACACCAUGACCCCCAACCUCACGGCCCUGCUCCUCCUUGGGCUGAUUGUGGGCCCCAGGACCCGAGUGCAGGCAGGGACCCUCUCAAAACCUACCAUCUGGGCUGAGCCAGGCUCUGUGGUCCCCUGGGGGACACCUGUGACCAUCUGCUGUCAGGGGACCUUGGAGGCCCAAAUGCUCUACCUCUAUAAAGAGGGACAUUUAGUAACCAGGGACAGACCGAAGCCACUGGAGCCUGGGAACAAGGUCAAGUUCCCCAUCACAUUCAUGACAGAGCAAUAUGCAGGAUGGUAUCGCUGUCACUAUCGAAGUCCCACUGGAUGGUCAGAGCACAGUGACCCCCUGGAGCUGGUGGUGACAGGAUUCCAAGGCAAACCCAGUCUCUCAGCCAUGCCCUCCCCCAUCGUGACCUCAGGAGGGACGGUGACCCUCCAGUGUGGCUCACGGAUGAGAUUUCACAGGUUCGUCCUGAUGAAGGAAGGAGAACCCAGGCCCUCCUCCACCCUGGACUCCCAGAGACAUACCGGCGGGCACGUCCAGGCCCUGUUCCCUGUGGGCCCCGUGACCCCCAGGCUCAAGUGGACGUUCAGAUGCUAUGGCUAUUACAGCGACACCCCCUGGAUGUGGUCACUUUCCAGUGACCCCCUGGAGCUCCUGGUCUUGGGUGCAUCCAGGAAGCCCUCCCUCCUGGCCCAGCAGGGCCCUGUCGUGUCCCCUGGACAGCACCUGACCCUCCAGUGUCGCUCUGAUGUCAGCUAUGACAGAUUCGCUCUGUACAAGGAGGGCUCACGUGACCCUCCCCUGCACCGUGGCCGGCACCCCCAGGCUGGGCUCUCUGGGGCCGACUUCUCCCUGGGCCCAGUGAGCCCCUCCCUCGGGGGCCGGUACUCAUGCUAUGGUGGACACAACCUCUCCCCCGAGUGGUCGGUGCCCAGUGAACCCCUGGACAUCCUGGUUGCAGGACAGCUCCCCUCCACGCCCUCCCUCUCAGUGCAGCCGGGACCCACAGUAACCUCAGGAGAGAACGUGACCCUGCUGUGUCGGUCCCUGAGCUCUGUGGACACCUUCCUCCUGUCCAAGGAGGGGGCAGCCAACCGUCCCCUGCGUCGUAGAUCAAAGUACCGAGCUGGGCAGCACCAGGCCAAAUUCUCCAUGAGUCCUGUGACCUCAGCCCAGGGGGGGACCUACAGGUGCUAUGGCUCACACAGCACCUCCCCCUACCUGUUGUCACCCCCCAGUGAGCCCCUGGAGCUCCAGGUCUCAGCGGCAGCUGACGCCAUCAGCCCACCCUGGAACAGGUCACACCCCAACACUGCCUGCAACCCCAAAGAUUACACGAUGGAGAAUCUCAUCCGCAUGGGCGUGGCAGGCUUGAUCCUGGUGGUCCUCGGGAUUCUGCUGUUUCAGACUCACCAAAGCCACAGAGGAACCCCAGAGCCAACCAGGAGAUAAACACAAUGAAGGAAUGGAGGAAACCCAGCCUUCUGCAUAGCAGAGCUCUGGGGAUGAACCUAAAGGCCCAGGGGGUUCUGGAAGAAAAUCUGCAGCGUUC